AUGGCGAAUGGGUUGGUGGUUGAGCCACUCACCGUGGAACAGGCGAAGGAUGGUAACAGACUUCAUGGUGUAACCAAAGCAGAUAAGGUCUUCCCUGUUGAGGAUGAAGAAACAAGUAAAUUGACCAUAUGUAACAAGUUAUCCUUUGGAAUUGGAGGUGUUCCAUAUGAGAUGGUUAGAAGUAUUUUAGGAUUCUUCCUGCAAUUAUUUCUACUUGAUGUUGCACAGAUAUCUCCAUUUCAUACUUCUUUUAUAUUGUUCUUUGGAAGAGUUUGUGAUGCUGUCACUGAUCCUGCUAUUGGAUGGUUAAUCAGCAAAAGCAGAUGGACAAAGAUUGGGAGGUUAAUGCCAUGGAUAAUUGGGAGUGCCCCUUUUGCAGUUUUAUCCUACUUUCUUCUUUGGUAUGUGCCACCAUUUGGAAGAGGGAGAUUUUUGUGGUAUAUAUUCUUCUACGGUCUGUUCUCUACUCUGCUCACAUGUUACCAUGUGCCAUACUCAACUCUCACUAUGUUUCUGAGCAGUGACCUGAAGGAAAGAAACAGGGCAACUGUCUUCCGUAUGACAAUGCAAGCCAUCGGAACAGUGAUUGGAGUUGCAGUUCAGGGACAGAUUGUAGCAGAGAGUCAUAUCUCCCAUCAUUGCUUUGAACGUAACAUGUCAUCAUAUUUCAUUGUUAACUCCACACUCAAUGGCAACAUUAGUAAUCAGCAUACACUGGAGUCUAUCCUUGAAAUGAGGGAGUUAUACAUAAUUGCGAGUGGUGCUAUAGGCAGUAUUUAUCUCUUUUGUAUGAUUAUUCUGUUGUUUGGUGUGAGAGAGAGAGAUGACCCCUAUACUAAGAAGUCAGAAAAACCAAUUCCUUUUCUGAAAGGAACCAAACUUGUGUUGAGAUACAGCCCUUAUGUGAAGCUGACGGCAUCUUUCCUCUUCAUAUCGAUGGCUAUUAAGGUUUUAGAGGGGAACUUUGCUCUGUUUUGCACUUAUGCUGCUGAUCUUCAAUACCAUUAUCAAAACAUCGUACUUAUAAUUCUGGUAACUGCUGUAAUGAUUGUUCCCUUUUGGCAGUUUUUUCUGCAAAGGUUUGGAAAGAAAAUUGCUGUUUACUUGGGUACUAUUUGGUUAAUUCCAUUUUUAUUCUUGAUGGUUUCGCUUCCAAACAAUCUAAUUGUGGCCUAUCUGGCAGGAGCUUCCUCUGGUCUGAGUUUUGCUUCAUUUUUUCUGUUACCAUGGUCUAUGCUGCCUGAUGUUAUUGAUGCUUAUAGACUUGAAAAGCCACAAAUAAAGGGACUGGAAACCAUAUUCUGCUCAUUCUAUGUCUUCUUCACCAAGUUGGCUAAUGGAAUUUCUAUGGGAUUGUCUGCACUUAGCCUUCAUUUUGCAGGCUAUAAAACUGGAGCAUGUGUCCAGCCCCAGUCUGUGGCUUUCGCCCUAAAACUACUAGUGGCAGCUGUGCCUGUGGGACUGAUUAUGAUUGGGUUAAUAAUAUUCCGGUUGUAUCCAAUAACAGAAGACAUCCGAGUGAGAAAUGAACUGGCACUUGAAGAGCUAAGGCAAAAUGUCCACAUCAGUGGUCAGUCACUGACAAAUGUGGACAACGCAUCAUAA